GGCUUCGUGAAACUGCUGAUUGUAGAGGCGGCCAGAGUCAGUCACAGUAUAAGCGUCAGUUAGUUGUUUUACGAUCCUGGCAGAGUUCGGUCGUUUUCAAGUCGAACCGUGGAGCGAAACAGUUCGACGCAAAGUUUUUAUUUAAUAAUAAAGUUGUUUAUUUUAGUUUUGAGUGUGUUCGUUCGUUUUCUUUGUUUCUCGGAGUUCAGUGCUAAGUGCGAAAUAGCAAAAAAAAGGACGAUUGGAAAUUGGGAUUAUAGUAUACUUAUAUUGUAAAUCAUACGCCUAUGCUGAUUUAUUUAUGAAACUGUUUUUUGGAUGACAUACAGCAGCAGCCGAUCGCAACCGCUUAAUAAGAAAGACAGUAGCAUGAAAAAUUGCUUUGAGACUAGUUAUAAUUGUUGCUAUCUCACUCAAGAGUCAUCGGUCAGAUUAAAAAGAUCUAUUUUGCCGAAAGAGAUAUCGAAUCGGUAGUUUUUUGAGUGAAAUAAAAAAAGCUAUGUUCAUUCCGAUUCCUUUUUAACAAUAGGCUUCGUAAUUUAAUCAAAACGGCUCCACAAAGUAACGCGACCCCUUGGUACAUCAUCGAAUACAACAGGCAACUUAACACCCCGACGUGGUUAGAUGAUACAACGAACGAGACCCUAGAAGAAGCGAAUAAUAACGGGAAAGGGUCGAAAUACAAUCAUCAGCAGAAGCCGACGGUGAAAUUGAGAAGACAAAAGCUGCUGGAGCUUUCGUCAAGGAUUUCGUCGAAACUCAAGAUUAGUGCGCAGGGUGAGCAAGAGUCUUUGCUGCGCGUCGCACUGCGCAAGACCAGCGUUAAGGUUAAUAACGUGACGGUGACUUUGAAACAGUGGUGGCGCGAUGUGGGGGGGCUGUGUCCCAGGCCCCCUCGCGCCUCGAUAGGCCGCGACUCGUAUCGUCGUCACUGCAAAAGGCACCGACCCAUGGGACAUACCCUAAGUAUGUGCAAGCUACAGCAGUGUCGACAUAAAAAAGGCUUGCACCUGCGUGGCAUUGACGACUCCCGGAUGCCGUGUGAAGGGGCGGGAGGGGAGUCAGGCCUGCAUCGCCUACACAGAUCAAACUACGAUCCCGAAUAUGCGCGUAUGGAAGCCUGGUUAGAUGAACAUCCCGAUUUUGUGCAAGACUAUUUUUUAAGGAAAGCAACGCGACAUGUGGUGGAUUCGUGGCUGGUAUCGCACACGACCCCGACGUCAUCGAGCGUCGAACUGGCGUCACCGACCCACAAUAAUCCAUCGCGACAAAGUUCUGGAGCCACAACGCCUGUUCGUAAAAUAUCGGCGCACGAAUUCGAACGGGGUGGGCUACUUAAACCCAUGAUUAGUACCAUCGAUGGUACCCCAACGUUUCUUACCGGAUCCGCGGAUGAACAAUCGCAAAUUGUCGGAGUGAGUCCGCAACCGGCGCGGAGACAAAGAAAGUCGAGAAACGAACUGAGACAACUUGAUGAAAAGGAACUGAUUUUUGAAUUGGUUAAAGACAUCUGCAACGAGUUAGAAGUGCGUUCACUUUGUCACAAAAUCCUUCAGAACGUGUCAAUGUUACUGAAGGCCGAUCGAGGUUCCCUAUUUCUAGUCCAGGGUACCAAAGGCGGCGGGUGUACCCCAAUGCCCCCCGGCGAAGUACCGCGAGGUCGCUGUCUCGUUUCUAAACUGUUCGACGUCUGCUCUAAAAGUACUCUCAGUGAAAUGGAAAAAAAAGACGAAAUCUGCAUACCAUGGGGCACUGGGAUCGUGGGGUACGUCGCUGAAAGUGGGGAAGCCGUGAAUAUACCAGAUGCAUAUCAGGACAAGAGGUUUAACCACGACAUCGAUGUCCUAACGGGCUACAGGACAAGAUCGCUUCUUUGUAUGCCAAUCAAGGACUUCAAUGGAGAUGUUAUAGGAGUUGCACAGGUGAUAAAUAAAAUCGGAGACACACCGUUCACGCAGCAGGACGAGCAAAUUUUCGCGAGUUAUCUUCAGUUUUGUGGUAUCGGCCUGAGGAAUGCGCAUUUAUACGAAAAGUCGCAGUUGGAAGUAAAACGAAAUCAGGUCCUUCUCGAUUUGGCUCGGAUGAUAUUCGAAGAACAGAGCACGAUAGAACACGUCGUUUAUAGGAUAUUAACACACACGCAGAGUCUGAUUCAGUGCCAAAGGGUCCAGGUAUUGUUAGUUCACGAAGGGUCCAAGGGUAGCUUUUCGAGGGUCUUUGAUUUUGAAGCUAACGAUCUAACUGCCGAGGAGGGUGAAUCUAGAACGUCGCCCUUCGAAAGCAGAUUUCCAAUAAAUAUCGGUAUUACGGGUUAUGUAGCUACGACAGGUGAGACUGUAAACAUAUUAAACGCUUACGAAGAUUCACGCUUCGAUCCAAAUGUGGACUAUGGUACAGGGUUUCGACAUAAGAGCAUCUUGUGUAUGCCCAUCAAAAAUUCAACGGGUCAGAUCAUCGGCGUGAUCCAGUUGAUCAAUAAAUUCGACGAUUUGCCGUUCACGAAAAACGACGAGAACUUCGUGGAGGCUUUCGCGAUUUUCUGCGGCAUGGGCAUACACAACACGCACAUGUACGAGAGGGCGGUUGUAGCUAUCGCCAAGCAGAGCGUCACCCUUGAAGUAUUAUCUUAUCACGCCACCGCUAGUCUAGAAGAUGCACAAAAACUUAAGGCCUUGAGGGUGCCUUCGUCUGCGCAUUUCAAUUUACAUAAUUUCGCUUUUGAUGAUAUUCAUCUACAUGAUGAAGAAACUCUCACAGCUUGUAUUAGAAUGUUCCUUGAUCUUGAUCUAGUCGAAAGAUUCCAUAUGGACUACGAAGUCUUGUGCAGGUGGUUGUUAUCCGUUAAGAAAAACUAUAGAAACGUUACUUAUCAUAACUGGAGGCAUGCUUUCAACGUUGCUCAAAUGAUGUUUUCCAUACUAACCGCUACGCAAUGGUGGAAUGUGUUUGGUGAAAUCGAAGUACUUGCUUUAAUGAUUGCUUGUCUCUGUCACGACUUGGACCACCGGGGGACCAACAAUUCCUUUCAAAUUAAAGCAUCGUCAGCUUUGGCCCAGCUCUAUUCAACCUCAACGAUGGAACAUCAUCAUUUCGACCAAUGCAUAAUGAUCUUAAAUUCACCGGGGAACCAAUUUUUAUCGGGUCUUUCGCCUGACGAAUACACUAGGGUUAUUAAGGUUUUGGAAGAUGCCAUUCUUUCUACAGAUCUAGCCGUUUACUUCAGAAAAAGAGGUGCAUUUUUCCAAAUAGUAGAGGAGGGUCCAAAUUGGGCUCUGGAAGAGCACAGGGACCUUCUAAGGGCCAUGCUGAUGACGGUUUGCGAUUUAGCGGCCAUCACUAAGCCCUGGGACGUCGAGAAACGGGUGGCGGAACUUGUUUCGUCCGAAUUUUUCGAACAGGGUGAUAUUGAAAGGACUGAACUUAAAAUAAUUCCUAUAGAUCUAAUGAACAGGGAAAAGGAGGACCAAUUACCCUUAAUGCAAAUAGGAUUCAUCGAUUCUAUAUGCCUACCAGUUUAUGAGGCGUUUGCAAACUUAUCUGACAAGUUGCAACCCCUCGUGGACGGUGUCCAACAAAACAGAGCACACUGGUUGCAAUUAGCAGAAGAACAAAACUUAAUCGUAGUACCACCCUCGGAGGGUGAUGACAGUGGGGAGAAAGAUUCCAACGAUAACGUAAAAACAACAACGACGAAAUCAACGACGUCGUCGCCUGUUAAAACCGGUUCUCUACCUACCACCAACAAUGUUAUCGUAGGGGGCAGCAAAGUAAGUAAGAAUGCCCUUUUCAACUGCACCCAUUCACCCCUCCCGGCUACUGAUUAGGGUAUCUUUUAGUCAGUUCUCGUGGCGUACUAAAAACUAACAAAUAAUAAAAAAAAUCAGUUCAUCAGACCAAUUCUUUUUGUAGUUCAAAUAAUUAAUAUGUAUUGUUAAUAUCAAAUUGUUUUUAUAUUUUUCGAAAUGAUGAAACGAAAGGGUGCUAAUAUGUAGUGAAGUUAAAAAGGAGUGUGGUUUUUAAGUACUGUUUGCGAGAACGUGUAGUUUUUAAGUAUUUUUAAAUUAUUUAUUAUCUAGUUUUAAUAUCAAAGACUUGAUCCUAUAAUAACUGAUUAGUAGAGUAGUGUUAUACGAAAUAGAGGAAGAAACUGUUGUAUUUUAAACAUAUUAAACGCUUUUUGUUUUUAA